UUUGCCGGAUGUCACGGAAAAGGUGGAAAACAUUGAUAUUUAAAAAUAGGGCGUAACUGGUACGUAAAGUAAUAUUUAUAUCUUGAGAACAGGGGGAUUUGCAGCUAAACAGGACGGACAGAAGUGACAUAUCAUAAUGUACAUAUAUAAUACCCCUUCGAAGAGGAGGGGUGAUGGAGUGAAACGAAUCUACUUUUCACAGCUUGUAAUAGGCGUAGCAAAAAAAUCGUCAUUAAGUUAUCAUGUUGAGUCCAAUCUGGUCGCUUUUGCUCCUCGGAACGGCGACUGUAGUUGCCACUGAAGUGAACUAUGCCACAUCGACACGAGAUAUUGCCUCCCUGUUGCAAAUCGAAGACGAGCUGGUCGGAUAUAUGCGUCAGUAUGUGCAGGAAUUGCAGCAUAAAAUCAAUAAAAUGAGGAAGGUGCAGGAAGAGUGGAAAACUAGAAGUGAGCAUGUGAAGACUGCUGCAGAAAGCUAUGUGGCAAAUCCCUUGGUAAGCUUUCCACUAAUGCUACGAAUGCAUGUGGAUGCGAAAAAGUGGCUGGAACUUGGUCGCGAGGAUAUACAGAAGGGCCCCCUUCAAGAGUUGGUUAACCGAGACCUGACCGGUAUUACGGACAUGGAUCUUCAGGAUGCCACUCGCGGACUGUUGCAUUUGCAGGACGUCUACAGCCUGGAAGAAAGAGAUGUGGCAAAGGGAAAACUAAAUGGAAUACAAUUCGACUCAAGGCUAAGUGCCGCAGAUUGUUUGGCAGUGGGAUCGCAUCUAGAUAGCCUGAACGACAGCAAACUGGCCUGCAAGUGGCUGAACGUAUCGCUAGAGCAGUACGAGGAGCACAUGGAUCCUGUAUACAAGAUAAUGGAAACGGGACGCUUUCAUAUUUGGGAGAAAAUGGGCAAGACUCUACUUGAGAUGCAUGACCUGAAUGGGAGCCAAUCAGCUUUUAAAAAAUUAUUGGAAUGGGCUUCUAAGGAGGACGACACUUGGCUGGUCAACCACUUGUUGGAUAACUUGCGCUACAUAGCCGUUAAUGUGGACAAUUGUAGGGGUAAAAACAUAGUUCCGGUAAAGUCCGUCCUGCGUUGUCGUUACUUGACAGAAGGAUCCCCAUUUCUUCGCCUUGCUCCUUUCAAAUUGGAGCAGCUCAGUCUUGAGCCUUUUGUUGGGCUCUACCAUGAUGUUAUCUCUUCAGCGGAGCGAGAGGAUUUAAUUAACCUGACGCAAUCGAGACUAGAGAAUCGCGGAACGCAUCUCAAUUUUGUGGAAGCCGCUGUGGAGAACAAUGCAUCCGGCUAUGUGGAGAGUCUACACCGAAGGAUCGAGGAUAUGACGGGACUUGAAUUGGGAGAGAGUGAACCGCUAAUGGUAUACAACUUCGGCACUCUAGGUCAGCAUUUCAUCCACUUGGAUUGCCAGACGCCCGAGAACUUUGUUGAACCGUUUCCAAAGGAAUAUCGUUCGGCUACGGUUUUGCUUUAUCUAACUGAAGUCCAGGUCGGCGGCUAUGCCUCAUUCCCUGCCCUUGGAUUUGGCUUUAAACCCACUCGUGGAUCCGCCUUGGUGUGGCACAACAUUGAUAGCUCUGGGAAUUGCGAUAGCCGAAGUCUGCAGGCCACCUGUCCGGUGAUUCUUGGAACGCAGUGGGGUAAAUCCGUUAAACCGCCCAUCGAUUUUCAUCCUCUCUUACCGCCCCACCAAACAGUGGCCACAAAGUGGAUCAGUGGGUCAGGCCAGUGGCGCAGGAAGCCGUGUCGGAAGUGAAGUAAAGGCUGUUUUCCAUUCGGUUCUUCUGUUUUUUUUUUUCCACAUUUGCGAUAAUUUAUUCAAUAAUUUUGUCGUUAUUUAUAUUAUGAUAAUAAAUUUUAUGCACUAU